UCAUGCAAACUGGAAAGGACUGGUUGAGGAGCAUGUCUGCUGUAUAUUUGAUGUUCUAAGCAUUUAAACUCGUCAUUCUCUUCGAUUGCUGUUAAUAAAAAGACCUUUCUCUCUCCAUUGGAGCUUGCUAGAGCUCACCCUGCUUCUGUUUUUACGCCUUGUUGCUGCAAACAGUAAAGAAGCGCCUGUAUUCGUUAGUACUUGUAACAAGAACUUUCCCUUUGCCUUGUGGCUUCCUACUACAGUACCCUAACCACAGGACAUGUAUGGCACAGGUUUAUCAGGAGGUAUUGGUGGUGGCGGUGGUUUAUUCAAUCAGACUCCAGGUCUGAGUGGUGGAGGAGGACUAGGUGCUGGCCUUGGUAACACAGGAGGCCUUGGAGGAGGCAUUGGUAACAUGGGGACUGGUCUCGGUGGCGGUGGAAUGGGAACUGGACUCGGAGGUGGUGGCUUGGGUGCCGGACUCGGUGGAGGUGGUUUAGGAACUGGACUCGGAGGUGGAGGAAUGGGAACCGGACUCGGUGGUGGAUUAGGAACCGGACUUGGUGGAGGUGGUAUGGGAACCGGACUCGGUGGAAAUUUAGGAGCUGGUCUUGGAGGAGGAGGAGGAUUAUUUCCCUCGUCAUCAGCAGCUGGCACUAAUUAUUUCUCUGGAGGAGGUGGGGCCGGUUUAGGAGGCGGGGCUGGUGGGAGUGGUCUUUUUAAUCAAACGCCUCAGAGUCAUUUUGCUGGUGGAACAGGCUUGGGUGGUAUUGGUAGCGGACUGGGUGGGGGCACUGGUCUUGGAGGAGGCGGAGCCACUGGACUAGGAAUGGGAGGUAACCUCUUUAACUCACCAAUAUCCAGUGCAGGUGGAUUAGGUGGUGGUGGUUUAUCAGCUAAUCGAGGUCUCUUCAACCAGUCCGCUGGAGGACUAGGAGGUGGUGCAGGAGGACUAGGAGCAGGUGCUUUCUCUACUCCUUUAUUUAACCGUACGAGUGCUGCCACCACUGGUACCGGAGGAUUGGGUCUCGGAGGAAGCGGACUGGGUAUGGGACUAGGAGGAGGAGGAUUGGGAAUGGGAGGAAUGAUGGGAGGAGGUAUUAAUAACAUUGGCACACCAGUGGCAUAUAAUCCUACUAAAGGUAAUGAUGUUAUGAUAAAAGGAGGUCAGUCCAUGAACAUUUACACUAACUUGAACUGCAUCACUGGAAUGAAACAAUACGAGAACAAGUGUCUAGAGGAGCUGAGAUUUGAGGAUUACUCUUGUAACAGGAAAGGACCAGUUGGUGGUGGUGGUAUGCUAGUGUCACAGGCAGGGGGCGGGCUAAUGGGAGGGGCCACUAGUACAUCAGCUGGAUUCUUCACUGGAGGAGGACUAGGAGGAGGUCUUGGAGGAGGAGGUGGUGGUAAUCUAUUCAACACUGGUACAUCAGCUUCCUCUGGUAUAUUCCCAACCAGCAAGUCCUCACUCUUCCCCACCAGUAAAUCAACAACUGGUCUUGGACUGGGGGCCGGGGCAUUAGGAGGAGGAGGUGGAGGACUAUUCAAUCAGACGAGUCAGGCCGGUGGGUUGGGUGGGGCUAAUUUAUUAGGAGGUACUUCCACUGGAUUGUUCCCUGGAGCUACCGGAGGACUUGGUGCUACUGGACUGGGACAGACGCAGCUUGGCGGUGUUUUGAAACCCACUGGACUGGGCGGUACCACAGGACUAGGACUGGGGGCUGGCCUUGGAGCAACAGGUGGACUAGGAGCUACUGGAGGACUGGGUGGAGCUGGGGGACUGGGCGGAGCUGGAGUUGGCCUGGGGGGCCAGAUGGGAGGUCUUGGUGGUGGAAUGUUAAACAGACCCCUUGGAGGGGGUCUGGGAACUGGACUUGGAGGAGGCAUUGGUGGUGCUCAAACUGGUCAUUUAGGAACUGGUACCGGACUGGGACUUGGUGGAUUGGGAGGUGGUAUGGGUCUUGGAAAUACUAACUACUCCACUGGACUAGGGAACACUCUCAAACCAGGAGGAAUGGGAAUAGGAAACACUGCAGGAGGACUAGGAGGAGGUUUUUCAGGUGGUAUGAUGGGCCUAGGAGGAGCUGGACAAACAGGAAUGCUUAACAUGAAUAACAUGAGUCAGAAUCCAUUGCAGAAUCUAUCAGUCCAGCAGCAGCAGGCACAACUCCAGCAACAGAUCCAGCUACUGGCCAGUUCUCCUUUUGGUGAUUCACCAUUAUUCAGGACAGCAAUGAGUGACUCAGAGAAAACUAAGCGCAAUAAAAACCUCACCCCAGUCUCUACUAAACUCCCUCCAUCCUCUGUCUCUUCUGCGUCUCCUCAUUACAAACUAAACGUCAAACCGGCCGGGAAAUUUAAAACCAUUUCCUUGAGCACUCCCUCCUCCUCCUCCUCCUCUGCCCAGAGGAAGGAUAAGAGUGCUAUGUUUGAAGGUCUCAACGACUCCAUUGCUUCCGGCGAGUCCUUUGUCCCACGUCACAGCAUCAAGAAACUAACUUUUAAUCCAAAGCCGAAAGAAACCCCAACUCACCUUGAUUCAACGUCUUUGACCACGCCCACCACUGCGUCCCCGCCCACAGUCUCGACGAUGAGUGCUACUCCAGUCACAGUCACUAAACCGGCGUUCCAGUACACACCGGUUACCAGUACAGGCAGUGGGAAGAAGAAUGAUUCAUUGUCUAGUCCUGAGAUAUCCUUUGCUUUGCCUGGUAGUAAGGUAUUGCACAAGCCAACACCAAAGCGUCCAUUAUCAGCUACUCCUAAUGACACCAUAUCAGAGCUAGGAGGGGGCGGAGAUCAAUCAGUCUCUUCGACCACGCCUCCUUUCACAUCAACUCCGCCGACCACCACUUCGUCUCAACCCCUCCCUCCCCCUCUUCCUCCUCCUCCUCCUCCUAGUGGAUUCAUUCUCACUAAAGAUGGCUACUAUUCUCAGCCAUCAGUCAGUGAGAUAAAGAGAAGCUUACAAGAGGGUAAACCGAAAGUACAGGAUCUUGUUAUUGGUAGAACCAACUUUGGAAAGAUACUCUUCACUGGCGAUACUGAUGUAUCUAACCUGAAUGUUGAUGAGCUAGUUUCUAUUAAUCUCAAAGAAGUCACAGUAUAUCCUGAUGAUUCCUUGAAGCCUCCUCAAGGAGAAGGACUUAACAAGAGAGCCAUAGUCUCUCUCUCUGGAUACUGGCCGGUCUGCAAGACGACGCGUCAGCCAAUAAGGGACCCACAGAAACUAGCUGACCUUGGUUAUGUCAAUAAACUACGCUCCUCUACUGCUAAAAUUGGGGCACGGUUUUGCGAUUAUCAUCCUGACACAGGAACUUGUGUUUUUGAGGUCCAACAUUUUUCAAAGUACAAGUUGGUGGCUGAUGAUGACGACAGUGAUGAUGAUGAUGAUGGUGAUCAGAAAGGAGGUGGAGAUAAAGCUAAGAAAUCAACAACAGAUAAGACUAAGAAAGCAAAGACACUAACAACCACAGCUACAACAACCACUACAACCACCAAAACCCUCCCAACUCCUCGCGUUCCUCCUCCCGUAACUAAAACCGGUCAAACAGGCUUAUCGACCCCCCUCCAACCUAAACAACCCGUUACUCUUGGCCUUUCGGAAGAGGAGGAGGAAGAGGCGGAGCCUAUGGUUGGAGAAGUCUCGUCAACAAUGACUCCUUCACAUCACUUGGCUAGUACCCUGGGUCUUGAUACGGAGAGGCUGCAAGUCAUGAAAGCUUCAUUCUUCUCCGACCAAGAGACCGUGACUCGUACAGGCCACACUCGCUCCUCUGGCCUGACGUAUUUUGAUAAAAGUCCGGCUCAGUUUAGCGAUAGAACCAGACAAGCACUCAAACCUUUAUCAGCUCCUAAAAGCCACUUAAUAAUGCCGGUUGCCCCACCCACAACCACGCCCUUUUCUAAAACCCCUUUACGUUUUCCAGUUGAGACUUUAAGUUCAUUAGGGCCUUCAGAACAGCCUCCACCUUCGAAAAAGAUAUACUUACCUUCUGACGCCCCUCCAGCCCUACCACACCCUAGUUCUACCAUCACUCGUCAGAAAAUAGACCGUUUGAAUUUAUUGAAGGACAGUGUAUUGUCUGAGCUCACAGGGUAUCACAGAGACGCUGGGGCUUCUCUUGGAAGGUCCUUUAGAGUCGGGUGGGGUCCUGGUUGGACUCUAGCCCACGUUGGUCAGUUGGUUUCCGGUGAAGCGGCUACCAGGCCCUCAACUCAUCAAGUUUCACUAUUUUCUAGUCAUGUUUCGAGCUCCACUCACUCCUCAUCUGGAUUCAAGUACAGUGUUGUUAGUAUUGAGAAAGUUGAUGCUAGCCCAUGGAUGAAGGAAAGCGCUAAUAUUGAAGAUAUGUAUGUCCCAUUAUUAAAUGUGCAGCUAUCCCAUAGCUGCAUUGGUGGGGCGGAGUCCAUGAGCGAAGAGGAAGAGGCGUGGUCACAUGAGGAUGUUCCCCUCAUUGUUUCUGUGGAGCCUCAGGAGCUACUCAAAGAUAUUAAUGCCACCUGCAGUAUAGCAGUCGAAAAAAGAGAGCCUGAUUUAUUUAAGCAAGUUAACGAUGUCUUCCAGUUGGUUUCAGCUUUAUGGGGUCAACUGGUUGAGGGAGAUGAAGAUACUACUCAGAGCUUAUACUGGAUAAUGGCGGAGAGAAAGAGGAGGCUGUCAAAAUGGUUUCAGAGCGUUCUAAAGCAAAAAGGAGAGGAUGAGAAUCUCUUCUCCCUCCUGUGUCAGUUCAGACUGAUUGAUGCUUCAAGAUUAGCUCAUUCACUCAAUUCUCACAGACUAGCUCUCAUCAUUGGACAGGCAGCUAAUCCUAAUCUCUCGUCUCGCCUCCUGUUACAGCAACAACUUGAAGACUGGAACAGAAUAGAAAUUGAUGAUCACAUUGAUCCGAGCAUCCACUGUAUUUAUGUCUUGUUAUCAGGUCUCUUGGUUUGGGAAGGAAGACAGAAGUUAGUUAAUUUGUGUGAAGGACUCAACUGGAGGGAGUCAGCUGCCCUUCACUUGUGGUAUACUCUUGCUCCAACUGAUUCUGUAAAAGAUUUCAUUGAGAAAUACGAUGCUUCGUUUAAGGGGGAAGAUCCUUAUUCAACUAGACCCACUCCACUCUACAUUCCUCCCUCUCCAGCCGGUUUCUCCUCGCCCCAUGAGUUCCUCUUCGAUACUUGCUAUCACCUAAUUAACUUGUUCAAUAGAAAAGAUUAUCCCCUAGACGAGACCCUGGCUCCGUCUGGAUCCACUCCUUAUCAACUCGACUACAGAUUGAGUUGGCAUCUCUGGUCAAUGUUAUCCUCGCUCGGUUAUAAUCACGCUCCUCCUUCCUUUCUCCUCUCCCUUCACACAAGCUUCAGCGCUCAAUUAGAGGCCGUUGGUCUCUGGGAAUGGGCCGUCUUUGUCGCCCUCCACGUCCAUAGUCCGACCGAUAGGAGACAACUGGUGGAGAGUAUCUUGUAUCGACACUGCGAGUUCAGAGAGAGUGAGGAAGAUACUGAAGAAGAUGGAGACUUGAACGACAAGGAAGUGUUUGUCAUUGAGAAGCUACUUGUACCACAGGAGCUUGUUUAUGCAGCAAAAGCUCAAUCGGCAGAGUGUGAAGGGUUGUAUGAUGUUCAAGCUAGUUAUCUUCUUAAGGCAAAGGAAUGGAAUAAAGCUCAUCAGAUAUUUGUGUCACAUGUUAUACCUACAGCCAUUGUAUCAAAUGAUAUUGAUUCUAUAUUACAUUCUCUUGAAGUUCUCUCUGAUCAUUCCUCAUCAAUCAGUAACUGGGAGUCCCAAGGACUUGUCUAUCUUGAUUAUCUGAGAGUAUCUGAGAAGGUAGAGGAACUAUCAAAUGCUGACAGUGUGUCAUUGAGUCAGCUAACAGAAGUAUAUGCUUUAUUGGAUUGUGUGGCUGGAAAGGUUGACUCACUCUCUGGUGACACCCCAUUAGAAUGCUUAUGUCAAAUAGAGAUUUCCAAAAAGAUGGCGACUCUGAUUAGAACCGUUUCCUUGCUUAAAUCCGAACUCUCUCAGUCUUUCAGCGCUCACUCUCUCUUCCUCUUUCCCUCUCUCUCCUCUCUCCCUGUUCCUCAAGAACAUCGUCUCUUUGAGCUACGUCAGUUUGCCUCUUCACUCCCUCUCCCGCCCACAGACUAAUUAAUUAAAAUUGUUAUUAUUAUUAUUAUUAACCAUGUCCACUUCAACUCGGACUUUUUGUGAUGUGCAGGAUAAUACAAUGGGAUUCACUGUAUGUGUAGCAUUGUUUUGUAAUUAUUAAUAUUAUUAUUAUUGUGUUGAUAAUAAAUUUGAUAGUGUUAAAAAACAAA